AUGUGGGAGCUAUGUGAUGAGUGUGCGCAGGCGCAGACGCAAUCUUGGAAUGAAAAUGAAAUCUUGGUUCGGGAUUUGCGAUUUGCGAUUUGCGAUUUGCGAUUUGCGAUUUACGAUUUACGAUUCACGAUUGAUGGGGAUCGCCACCGCCAUGGUCACGGGUUUACAGAAUACUCCGAUACAGAUCGACAACAAACUCCAGAGCAAGAGAAAACUAAGUAA